UUUACCAGGGAAUUCAUUAAGAAAAAGGGGUUGGAGGGGAUGCUGGAUGCUAAAGCCAUCAGGAAGCGAUGGGAGAAUUUGGUGCAGAAAUACAAGGCACUUAAGAACCCUCCUGAGGUGUCUACCCCAAAGAGGCUCCGGGUAGACACCGUGGCUAUUGUAAAAGCCUUGCAGGAGAAUGAGAAGCAGGCUGAUGAGGUGAUACAGGAGAUGCAGAAAGAGCAACGAGAGCAAGAGGAGAAAAGAGAGAGAGAGGCGAGAGAGGCGAGAGAGGCUGCAGAGCGCGAGGAGAGGAGGCACCAAGAGGCUGUGGAGAGGGAAGAGAGGUGUCACCGUCAGACUGUAGAGAGGGAGGAGAGGUUUUUCAGGGAGAUGAGGGAGAGGGAAGACAGGAGGGAUAGGGAGAUAGAUGGCUGCCAGGGAUAGAGAGGCGUCUGCCAGGGAGGAGCGC